AUGAGGUAAAUACCUCCCUAAAGAAAUGAGACUUUAUUGAAGAGUCAAUAAACUCUUGCGAUUAAUGUACUGACCGGAAAUGUGCUAAGACAUUCCUAAUAUAAUAAAGAUUUGAAGGAGCUAGAAGAUACAAUAAAUGAAAACAGAGAAGAGAUAAUAAAUGCAUUUGCUUAAUUUUCAUUUCACAAGGAUGAAAAUUCCCCAGAAUUGAUAAAAGUACAUGAUCUUUCUCAGCUGUUUACAAAAUUAGAAGAAAUUACAAUCCUUGAUCUAUCAGGAGUAAAAGACUACAUUUACCAAAAAUUUAGCUUAAGGCUUGAAAGAUAUUCAAUAACUUGUGAUGAUCUUUUCACCGCAAUAUAGCUCUAUAUUGAAUAUGCCUAAUUUAAGAGAGCUUAUCCAGACUAUGAAAAGGAUAAGGAGCCAGUUUUCUUUGAUAAUCACAUUGCAUCAGGAAGGCCAAUUGGAUAUUUAACUGCUUACACAAUAAAAUCUGAUGAUCCUCGAGAGCCAUUGAGAGUAAGAAAUCUGUAACUUCUCUGCUUUAAACUUGCCACUCACAGAUAAAAUAUUCUUAAACUGCUAGAUAAAUAUUAGGGUAGAGGCCAGGACUCAGGGCUAUUAGACCCUAAAAAGGGAAAUCUUAUUCCAUUUUCAAAGUUAAGAGAUCUUAUGCAAGAACUUUCUAAAUUACUUGGAAUUGUUAUAGCCAGUUAUGAUUAGUUUAAGUAGAGUAUAGUUCCGACAGAAAACUCCAAAACAGUUUGUGAUAAAUUCGAACAAUUUAUCUAUUUACAGAUGCUUCAAAUUUCACAGAAAAAUCUUGAGAGAAAGGUAUCACUCAUUAAGAAAUAAACUACGGUUGUAAAUGGUUAAAAAAAGAAGGUCAAAUUCUUAGAGGAUGGUCUUUAAGCGGCAAAAUAGGAUGGCUAAGGAUUCAAACCUGAUUUCUUCAUGUUUAACAUUGAUAAAUUUUUCUCUAAAGAAUUAAACUGCGUAAUAUAACCUACUGAUGAUGAGUAUCAAAAUUAUUUGCUAGAUCAGGAGAGAGAAAAGAAAGAAUUAGAUUAAGCAAUAAAUGAGUUAGAUGAUUUCUUUUUUUAAUUAACAGAACCAGAUGUUAAUUAAAAUUUAGACAAAAGAGAUUAAGAGGCAGACUAAAUGAUCUAAUAACAAGAUUCUGAUCAUGACUUCCUUAGUUAAUAGCUACAGAAAAAUAUCAAAGAUUAUGAAAACAUUUUGAAGAUGAAAUAAUACAAGAGUGACAAAGAAAGGAUUGAAAUAAUUAAGCUUGUGGAUACAUUGAAACAAUAAUUAGGCAACUAUAGAUAACAGAAAAGCUAAAGACCAAUAUCUAAUAGAAAAGUAGAAGAAGCGAAACCAAAAGAAGAUAUUCAUGAGCAAAGGUUAAGAGGAAUGAAGGAAAUAUUUCAUUUUUACUCUAGACAGCAUAUACCUCACAAUAGGUAGUUUGACGAUCUUAAAGAAAUCAUGAAUGAGGUUGAUUUAGGUGAGUAUACAAAAUUCUGCAAAGAUUUUGAAAUCCCACUUUCUAAAGCAAAGAUUACAGAGAUUUUUAAGAAAUGCUCAAUUAAUCACAAGCCCCAUAAAUUCGAGUAGUUUUAUAACUCAAUGGGUAAAAUUGGCUAAGAAAUCAAUAAGGAUAAAUUAGAGGAGUUAAAUAUCAAAAUUAAGGAGAUUGGCAAGUAAAUUAAACUAAAUCAUGAAACUUAAAACUAUAAUUAGAAGAGAAAAUCAUCUGAAGAUUAGAUUAAUGAAAGCUAAGUUGAGGAAUAAAAUUACGAUAGACAAGAUGAAUCAAUGAUAAUAGAUCAAAGAAGAAAUAGUUAAAAUAGCCAGGGAAGUUAAUAUAGCUUAAGAUCUUUUUCUCAGAAUAGCAGAAAUGAAGAGCAGAGUUAACUUAAAAAAGCAAGAGGUAUUUAAAAGAUAUAAGAUAAUGAAGAUGAUUCUGUUAUCGUGAAAUAGGAAACGAUAGUGGAGGAAGAUGAGUAAAAUUUUGAUGGAUUAAUAGUACCUUCAAAAAAUGCAAAAAAUUAAUUGGAUUCUAGGAAUAAUGAUAGAUAUAAUCCUAAAACUGAUUCUUACUAAGGAACCUAAAGAAAUAGUAAAAAUCAAAUUGCUAUAAAAUAAGAUCCUCUUGAAUAAGAGCUCGAUAAAUUAGUGGAGCAAAAAAAUGAGUUAGAGAACAAAACUGAGGAGUAAUGUAGGGAUUAAAUUCUCGAAUAAAUACAAUGCAAUGAUCCAAACAUUUAUAGAAAAAAAAUUAAGGGUUUUCAUAUAGCAUUUAAUAUUCGUGACAAACUACCAACAGCAUUAGAAGAUGCUAGUAAGAAAAUCUAAAAGCAAUCAACAAAACUGUCGCAAGAAGAUAUCAAUAAACUUGCUUCAGAGAUCAAGAAUAAAAAAGUCAUUAGCAAAAAAUUUAAAAAUAGAGAAGAAUCAGAAAAGUUUAGUUAAGAUAGAGAAUCAUUAAGAAAAAUGCACGAGCAAUUAAGAAAAGAAAGAGCUAACGAAUAAAUCGGAUCAGCAAUUGAUGAAGGAGCAAAUAAAAAUGAUAAACAUGUCAAAGUAACAUUUGAUGUUAUCGAAAAACUUCACUAUAUGGAUUUUAAUAAAGGCAUGAAAGGGGAAGAUUUCAAACCAGAGGAUAUUGUUGACUUAAACGAUGUCGAAUCAGAGGAAGAUGAAGUUCUUAAGAAAUUUAAGAAUGACUAGCCAUAUGAAUCAGUUGAACCUGUCAAUUCGCAGAACCAAGGAUUAGGAUUAAAGAACAUGAAAUCCCUAAGAUUAAAAAACGGAAGUGUUAUUGAAUCAAUGAGAGACAAAAGACCGUAUAAAGGCCAAUCAAUUUCAGCUCUAGGGCAAUUCAGUCAAAAGAAAAAUUCCAUUGAUUAGUUAAAUGAUAAGAUAUUAGCAAUAAAGGGAUAAAUGAGUAAGAUUAACCAAGGUAACCCUUAGUAAUAAUCUCAAAUUAUAAUCCAGCCUUAACUGAUAAUGAAUGCAAACAGAUAAGUUGAUCCAUACGGAUCUAACAGUAUAAAACAAAAUUAUUUAUCUGUCAAUAAAUCACAAAUGGAUACUCCUGAAUAUGGCAGCAUAGAAUAAACCUAAAAUAACUAACUAAGUGUUGAAAGGUAAAGCAAAAAGAGAGGUGGUUAAGUAAACCAAAGUUAAAUAUAACAAAUGAAGAACAAGCUAAAUAACGAUUAUGACAAUUCCCUUGUUAUUAGACCAUAGUUAAAUAACUUAUCUCCAUUAAGGUAAAAUAUUUCUCAUGGAGGUCUCACUCAAACCAAUAGUAGGAAAAUCAUAAAACCUUUAAAUUAAUCAAUCGCGAUUGCCAAUUCAAAUUAAUCUUUAAUUUAUGGUAUUGAUGAUGGUCAUCAACUAACAGGCAGACAUCGAGAUAGUAGUCUAAUUGCUUAAUCAUUAGAUACUCAGUAAUUACUUUUGUCUAAAUAAAGAAAUUAAUCACUCUUAUCAAAUCGGGAGAAACAAGGACCAAUAUUAUAAGCAAAAAAUUAAAAGCUAGCUACAAAACUUGCUGAAAUCGGAAAUUAAUCAAAUGAAAAUGGCAGUAAGCUAGGAUAAUACAAUAGCAUUGGAAACCUCAAACAAUUUUAGUCUAAUGCCCCAUUGAAAAAUUCAAUCAUUGCUGCUCCAGGAUAGCUAUCAUAAAAUUAAUAUUUCAACGAUCAAACUUUUGGUGGCUAGAACUCAAGCAGAGAUCAAAUGUUAAACAGAGCAAUUUAAAUUUAGUAAAAAUCUAAGAUUGACUAAGAAAGGUAAAUGAAUGGAAUAAUGAAACUGCACGAAAACAACUUGAAAAAGGGACUCAACAUUGUAAGAAAAGGCAAAAAUCUGUAUAAAAUGGCAACAUCAAUGCAAUCAGCUGGAUAGAGCUUAUAAAUCUACUAACCCACUGAAACUUAGUUGAUUCUAAAAAAGGAUAAGAUUUGUGAAUUUAAAUCUCACAUUGAUGAUAUGAAAACCACUAUCAAUAAGCACUUCGAUCAUAUUUUAGAUUUUAUCGAGGAAUUCGUAGCAAUAAUAAAUGAUAGACUUUCUACUCAACGAGUAAUCAUAGAGAAGUGUAUUGCUCUUUUUGAGAAAAAAUAACCAUUAUUAAAUGAGUAAAACUUGUACAGAGUAGCUGAUUUUAUGGAAAAUAUGAUCAAGGAAUUAGACAAGUAAUGUGAUAGAGUGAGGGAAACUAAUAAACCAGGCUCGGGUAAAUAAGUUGAUCCAAUACUAAGGUUGAAGAUGGAGAAUCUAAUAUAAAGAUAAAUUGAGACGAUCAGACAAGAUCAGUAGUAUAUGGACAACUAGAAUAAGAUGAAUAACGUAUUCAGGAAGAAGAUUAAGGUUCCUACAAUUUUCAGUCAGGUUUUCGAAAAACGAUAUAUUUAAGAAAGUGAAAUAGUUCAUUUAAAGCUACAAAAAUCUGCCCUUCAAGUGCAAAUUUUGUUAAGGAAGAUAAAUCAAUCUAAGAUGACAAACAACAAAAUUUAAUGGAUUACCAAACCUGUGAAAAGUAAACACAAUCAAAUUAAAUCAAUUUAGGAUUUGAUAAAGGAGAAUAAUGCGCUUUAGAACCUGUUCGGAAGGAUCAUCUGGAUUAACUUUGAUAGCCAGAUAAAACUACUGAUGAGAAUGGAUAACCCAUUUAAAGCCAAAUACUUUGUUGUUUGCUCUGUACAGGAGUAUGCUUUUAUCAAAUUCAUAAACUUUUUAGAAAAGAAAUAAUGCCUGAGGAGAUAUCUGGCUAGCGAAUUUUUCUAUUACAUUUUAUCAUAAUCAAUGCUAUACUUUUUAGAGAGGUAUGUCAAGUAAUUGAAGGAGACAGUGAUCUGA